GGUCUUUGAGAGUGAAGGUUCAGGCUUUGGGGUUGGAAAUUUCAAAAUUGGAAUGGUAUCCCACGCGUUUUUUCAGCUCCCUCAAACCCAUAAAAGAAAGGGUGAUGGAGAAAAGCUCUAGUCAAUUUGAAGGGAUGGUGAAUUGGAAUACUUCUUCUCAGCGGUGGGUGCCCUCGAAUCUUUCAGCUUUUCGACCUCAAUUUAUAGGCCUCGCGCUCCAAGUCAAUCAUUUCAGGGAUCCAAAUCUUUCAUUUCCCCUUCUCCUGUGUUGAGAUCUCUAAGGCACGCCCACUGUUUCUCUGAUUUUUCUUCCUCUCUUUUUCUUUUUCAGUUCUUCAUCUGUUUCAUUUGUGGAGCAUUCUUUUUCAAUUCUUAAUCUGUUUCAUUUUACUGCUAAUACAUGUUUGACAGAGCAUUCUGGAUGAACAUUUGAGUAUUAAUCCCCAGAUCAAUUUGGGCGGCAGCGACUAAUAUUGCCUGUUGAAAUGAUGCUUGUUCCCUGCUGUCCUAUUUGAAGUUUUGAUCAUCCUGUAGAAGAUAUUGAUCCGUUAUCCUUCAUGUGCAGUCAUAAUCUUACAUUAAUGCAUAUCAGACUUGGAUGAUAUAAUUUGGAUUCAUGUUUUCGUAAUUCGGACUUAUAUCAAAUUACUGGAAUGGAAAGUCUUACAUAAUAUGUCGAUCAUGGAUUCAGGAAUAUUUUUUUUCCUAUCACCAUUGUGAAGUCUGAACUUGAAGGAGAAUCGUUUGUCUGAACCACCCUAGGAUAUGGGUUAUUUGAAUCCUAUGCCUGAUCAAGAAAAUCACAUGGGAAAAUCAGAAAGCGAGAGAGUGAUACGUGAAGGAAGAGAAGUUCUUUUACAGGGUUUUAAUUGGGAAUCCCACAAAUAUGACUGGUGGCAAAAUUUGGAAAAUAAAGUUCCUGAUAUUGGGAACUCUGGGUUUACAUCAGUGUGGUUGCCUCCUGCAACCCAUUCAUUCUCACGAGAAGGUUACCUUCCUCAAAACCUUUACUCUCUUGACUCAACAUAUGGUUCAGAGCAUCAACUGAAAGCAUUACUCUAUAAAAUGCAGCAACACAAGGUUAGAGCAAUGGCUGACAUUGUUAUAAAUCAUCGUAUUGGGACGACUAAGGGACAUGGGGGCAUGUAUAAUCGUUAUGAUGGCAUUCCUUUGCCAUGGGAUGAAAGAUCUGUCACAUCUUGUUCUGGUGGUCUGGGGAAUCGCAGCACAGGCGACAACUUCAAUGGAGUUCCAAAUGUAGAUCAUACCCAACCGUUUGUCCAAAAGGACAUUAUUGAAUGGUUGAGGUGGCUUCGCAAAAGGGUUGGCUUUCAGGAUUUCCGUUUUGAUUUUGCUAAAGGCUAUGCAGCAAAGUAUGUGAAAGAAUAUGUUGAGAAGGCACAGCCUCUUUUCUCUGUUGGAGAAUAUUGGGAUUCCUGCAAUUACUGCCCUCAGUUGGAUUACAAUCAAGACAGCCACAGACAGCGAAUCAUCAAUUGGAUAGACAACACAGGGGGAUGUUGUGCAGCAUUUGAUUUCACGACAAAGGGUAUCCUUCAGGAAGCAGUGAAGGGAGAACUUUGGCGGCUACGUGAUGCCCAAGGGAAGCCACCUGGAGUAGUUGGAUGGUGGCCAUCAAGGGCUGUCACAUUUAUAGAAAACCAUGAUACAGGAUCGACUCAGGGACACUGGCCUUUCCCUUCUCAUCACAUUAUGGAGGGGUACGCCUAUAUAUUGACUCAUCCUGGAAUACCGACAGUAUUUUAUGACCAUUUCUAUGACUGGGGUGACUCCAUCCACCACGAAAUUGUAAAACUGAUGGAUAUAAGGAAACAACAAGGCAUUUAUAGUCGCUCGCCUAUACGAAUUUUGGAAGCCCAUCAUAACCUUUAUUGUGCAAUGAUAGGAGACGAGGUUUGCAUGAAAAUUGGGGAUGGAUUGUGGUGCCCAAGUGGAAGGGAGUGGAAACUAGCAACCUCUGGCCAUAGAUAUGCUGUAUGGCAUAAGUAGAGUACUAAAGAGUCCUAGAUAUGAACUUAGGUAUCCUAUGGGGAAGAAAAUAAAUGGCACAAAAAUAAAGUAAAAUAAAAUAAAAUGCCGUUUGGGCUAAGUAGACUUGCCUAUUUUGAGGUUGCCAUUCUAUUCUAAAUGUUUAAUGCAAUAUUUCUAAUAACAGAAAUGUGCCCCAUUAGUUUUGUUACCAGUAGCUGAAGCAUGGUUUUUUUGUUA